AUGGAAUUCGCGUUCGCGCCGCACUCGUUCAGCAACGCCAUGCCGAAUCCUCACGGGACGUACGACGGAUCCUAUUCUUCUCAGUACUCUCACCUCUCCGAGCCGUUGGCCAGAUACGGAAGCUCCGAAGGCAGUUACGACUCCCUCUCGUCCUCGGCAGUAGCCUCGCCCAUGAUGGGGAGCGAGUACUACGCAUACCACGCUUCCUCGCCUGCGGGUGCCUCCCCCAACACCCAAUACACGCAGCCGAGUCCACCAUCGACCGUGGCCUAUUAUGGCAGCCCGGAGCCGGACGCAGAGCUGGAUCACACGUCCCCACGGGGGUCAACGGACGAUCGCAGGGGCAAGUCAUCACAAUCGGGGCGAGACUAUCCAGUGUGCUGCCUGCACCCUGGAUGCACAGCCAAGCCCUUCAAGCGCCGGGCGGAUCUUGACAGACAUUACAAGCACCGCCACGCGCCGGACUCGCAGAAGGAGUCGUUCAACUGCGACUACCCACGGUGCGCCCGUCGCUUGGAUCCGUUCCGAAGACUGGACCACUUCCGCGACCACCUCCGUGAGUUCCACAAGGAAGACAUUGAGAAGCGCGGUGGCUCCAUCAAUGAGGAGUGGCUCGAGGACCGUCACGUAUCGUCGAGCUGGUGGCGAUGUUCCAAGUGCCUCAAGAGGGUCUACAUCGAGCGCAACGGCUACGAGUGCCCGGGCUGCAAGACGACUUGCCAGGCUAAGCGGAAGGAGGCCCGGCGACGCGAAUAG